AUGAAGUGUGCCUACUGUGAUAACCAAGUUGGGGAUGGUGCUCAGUGCUCAUUAUGUAAGAAUGAAGUUGGUUUCUGCUGUGCUGGUAUAACGGAACAGGGCUAUAGAAAACUCGGUUCAGACCGCAGAACAACAUGGAAGUGCCACAUAUGUAAAAGAGAUGCCUCACCGGCGCGUGCAAAACCAGCUGAUAUUGAGACUGUUUUACAAGAAUUGCGGGAGAUGAAGAAACAAUUGUUAUGCCUCCCCGGUAUGGUGCAAGACGUUAUCGACAUUAAAACUGAGCUGUCGGAGGUCAAGGAAUCAUGUAACUUCAGCAGUGCUAAACUAGAGGAGCAUUCUUCGCGCCUCGUAGAAGUUGAGCGGAAAGUCUCCGAGCUGGAAGCACUACAGGAAAAAGUUGUACUCCAGAGCAAUGAGAUCUCCUUUAUAAAUAAUGAAAUGUCUCGCAACGAUCAACAACAGCGUUUAAAUAAUGUUGAGAUCAAAGGUGUCCCGGUAAAAAAGAAUGAAAACCUCUUUACAAUUCUAAAGGAUAUCGGCACUGUGAUUGGUUACCAAGUUGAGAAAAAUAGUAUCAAUUACAUAUCGAGAGUUCCAAUGCAUAAAUCAAAGGAAAAAUUGAUUAUAGUUAGCUUCACGAACCGGUACAUAAAAGAAGAUUUUAUAGCGUCGGCAAGAUCAAAGAAAAAAAUCUCUGCAGAUGAAAUCGGUUUUAAGGAUAAUAAACAAAGUGUAUUUAUAAACGAUCACUUAACUCCAGAAAAUAAGAAACUCUUGACAACCACUAAAACUACUUUAAAACAAAAAGGUUACCAGUAUGUAUGGGUGAAAUAUUGCAAAAUACACGCUCGCAAAGACGAUACAUCAAACGUUUAUAUUAUUCACUCUGAGCGUGAUUUAAACAAAUUAGUAUAA